CUGAUUGAAGCUGGUCAUUACGCAUCACAACAGAUCAAGCAAAUCUCCACCCAGCUGGAUCAGGAGUGGAAGAGUUUUGCAGCUGCCCUGGAUGAGAGAAGCACAAUCCUAGCCAUGUCUGCUGUGUUCCAUCAGAAAUCCGAGCAGUUCCUGUCAGGUGUGGAUACCUGGUGUAAACUGUGCAAUGACGGUGGCCUGCCCUCUGAGAUGCAAGGGCUGGAGAUAGCAAUUCAUCAUCAUCAAACACUAUAUGAGGAGGUGACGCAGGCUUACACUGAGGUGAGCCAGGAUGGGAAGGCCUUGCUGGAUGUGCUGCAGCGUCCUCUGAGCCCAGGGAACGCUGAGUCGCUAACAGCCUCUGCCAAUUACUCCAAGGCUGUUCACCAGGUGCUUGAUGUGGUGCACGAAGUUUUACAUCAUCAGCGCAGGCUAGAAAGCAUCUGGCAACACCGCAAAGUCCGACUACACCAGAGGUUGCAGCUGUGCGUGUUUCAGCAGGAUGUUCAGCAGGUUCUAGACUGGAUCGAGAAUCAUGGUGAAGCCUUCCUCAGCAAGCACACAGGAGUUGGGAAGUCGUUGCAUCGAGCACGUGCAUUGCAGAAGAGACAUGAUGACUUUGAAGAAGUAGCACAGAACACAUACACCAAUGCUGACAAGCUGUUGGAAGCAGCCGAGCAGCUGGCUCAGACUGGGGAGUGUGACCCAGAGGAGAUAUACAAAGCAGCGCGGCAUCUGGAGGUCCGGAUUCAGGACUUUGUGCGCAGGGUGGAGCAGAGGAAACUACUCCUGGACAUGUCUGUGUCCUUUCAUAGCCACACCAAGGAGCUCUGGACUUGGAUGGAGGAUCUGCAGAAGGAGCUACUUGAAGAUGUGUGCGCCGAUUCUGUGGAUGCUGUGCAGGAGCUUAUCAAACAAUUCCAGCAGCAACAGACAGCUACACUGGAUGGCACCCUUAAUGUGAUCAAAGAGGGGGAGGAUCUCAUCCAGCAACUCAGGGAUUCCGCUGUAUCCAGUAAUAAGUCUCCGCACAACAGCUCCAUCAGUCACAUCGAAUCUGUGCUGCAGCAGCUGGAUGAGGCGCAAGUACAGAUGGAAGAACUGUUCCACGAGAGGAAGAUAAAGUUGGAUAUCUUCCUGCAGUUACGUAUUUUUGAGCAGUACACAAUUGAGGUGACGGCUGAGCUGGAUGCCUGGAAUGAAGAUCUGCUUCGGCAAAUGAAUGAUUUUAAUACAGAGGAUCUAAACUUAGCAGAGCAGCGUCUACAGCGGCACAAAGAGCGCAAGCUGGCUACAAAUAACAUGACAUUUGAGGUAGUCCAGCAGGGGCAAGAUCUGCAUCAGUACAUCAUGGAAGUGCAGGCUUCAGGAAUUGAGCUGAUCUGCGAGAAGGAUAUUGACUUGGCUACCCAGGUACAGGAACUACUAGAGUUUCUGCAUGAAAAGCAGCACGAGCUGGAGCUAAAUGCAGAACAGACUCACAAGCGCCUGGAGCAAUGUUUGCAGCUCCGACAUCUGCAGGCUGAGGUCAAACAGGUGUUGGGAUGGAUCCGAAAUGGAGAGUCCAUGCUUAACGCCAGCCUAGUGAAUGCCAGCUCACUUUCAGAGGCAGAGCAGCUUCAGCGAGAGCACGAGCAGUUCCAGAUGGCUAUUGAGUCCCUCUUCCAUGCAAGCUCCUUGCAGAAGACGCACCAGAGUGCUCUACAGGUCCAGCAGAAAGCUGAGGCACUGCUGCAGGCUGGGCAUUAUGAUGGAGAUGCAAUCCGUGAUUGUGCUGAGCAGGUUGCUGUACACUGGCAGCAGUUAAUGCUAAAGAUGGAGGACAGACUCAAGCUGGUCAAUGCUUCUGUGGCCUUUUAUAAAACAUCUGAACAGGUAUGCAGUGUUUUGGAAAGCUUGGAGCAGGAAUAUCGCAGAGAUGAGGACUGGUGCAGGGGUCAUGAAAAACUGGGACCAACCACAGAUGCAGACUUCGUACUGCCACUAAUCAGCAAGCACCUGGAACAGAAGGAGGCCUUCCUCAAGGCCUGUACAUUAGCACGGCGGAAUGCGGAGGUGUUUUUGAAAUACAUUCACCGCAACAAUGUCAGCAUGCCAGGAGUAGCUCCGCACACUCGGGGCCCAGAGCAACAAGUCAAAGCCAUCCUGAAUGAACUGCUGCAAAGGGAGAACCGAGUGUUACAUUUCUGGACUCUGAAGAAAAGAAGGUUGGACCAGUGCCAGCAGUAUUUGGUGUUUGAAAGAAGUGCCAAGCAGGCCCUAGAUUGGAUCCAGGAAGCUGGGGAACUCUUCCUCACCUUGCACACCUCUCCUGGGGAGAGCAUAGGGCAAACUCAGGAACUACUGAAGGGGUACGAGGAGUUUAGGAUACCAGCCAAGCAAACGAAGGAGAAGGUAAAGCUUCUGAUCCAGUUGGCUGACAGUUUUGUGGAGAAAGGUCACGUUCACGCCACAGAGCUGAAGAAAUGGGUUACAACUGUGAACAAGCACUACCGGGACUUUUCCCUGCGAAUGGGCAAAUACCACUGCAGUCUGCAAAGAGCCCUCGGAAUGACCACUGAGGAGAGUAAAGACUUGGAACUGGACAUUGUGCCAGCCAUCCUAACUGACCCAGAGGUGAAGCUACGGGACGCUAGCCAUGAGCUCAAUGAAGAGAAGAGGAAGUCUGCACGGAAGAAAGAGUUUAUCAUGGCUGAGUUGCUGCAGACAGAGAAAGCCUAUGUCAGAGAUCUGCACGAAUGUAUGGAGACAUACCUCUGGGAGAUGACCAGCGGCGUGGAGGAAAUUCCCAACGGUAUCAUGAACAAAGAGCACAUCAUCUUUGGCAACAUCCAGGAGAUCUACGACUUUCAUAACAACAUAUUCCUGAAGGAGCUUGAGAAAUAUGAGCAGCUGCCGGAGGAUGUGGGACAUUGCUUUGUCACAUGGGCUGACAAAUUUCACAUGUAUGUGACAUACUGUAAAAACAAACCAGACUCAAGUCAGCUUAUCCUGGAGCAUGCUGGGUCUUUCUUUGAUGAGAUCCAGCAGCGACAUGGACUGGCAAACUCAAUUUCCUCAUAUCUAAUAAAACCAGUCCAAAGGAUAACGAAAUACCAACUUCUGCUCAAGGAGCUCUUAACUUGCUGUGAAGAGGGAAAAGGAGAAAUCAAGGAUGGGCUUGAGGUGAUGUUAAGUGUGCCAAAGAGAGCCAAUGAUGCCAUGCAUGUCAGCAUGCUUGAAGGGUUUGACGAGAACCUGGAUGUUCAGGGAGAACUUAUCCUUCAGGAUUCCUUCCAGGUUUGGGAUCCCAAAUCACUUAUCCGCAAAGGGCGAGAUCGACACCUCUUUCUUUUUGAAAUAUCCCUGGUGUUUAGCAAGGAGAUCAAGGAUUCUACAGGACACACAAAAUAUGUUUACAAAAAUAAGCUGCUGACCUCAGAGCUGGGAGUGACUGAACAUGUUGAAGGAGACUCCUGUAAGUUCGCCCUAUGGUCGGGUCGCACGCCAUCCUCUGAUAACAAGACUGUUCUCAAGGCAUCCAGUAUUGAAGUAAAGCAGGAAUGGAUCAAAAAUAUUCGUGAGGUAAUACAGGAAAGGAUGAUUCAUCUAAAGGGAGCUCUUAAGGAGCCUAUCCAACCCCCCAAAACACCAGCAAAGCAAAGGAACAACAGCAAGAGGGAUGGACUUGAGGAUGCAGAUAGUCAGGGCGAUGGAAGCAGCCAGCCAGACACCAUCUCUAUUGCCUCUAGGACAUCACAGAACACAGUGGACAGUGACAAGUUGUCUGGAGGAUGUGAACUGACAACGGUGCUACAAGAUUUUAUCGCAAUUCACAGCAAUGAGCUGAGUAUCCAGGGUGGUCAGACAGUGGAACUGCUAGAGAGGCCGAGUGAUCGUCCAGGUUGGUGUCUGGUACGAACAACUGACCGGAGUCCACCUCAGGAAGGGCUGGUACCCAGCAGUGCCCUCUGUAUCUCACACUCACGGAGUAGUGUAGAAAUGGAGUGUUUCUUCCCAUCAGGAAAAGAUGCUUUUUCCGUCUCAACUGGUGAAAAUGGAGGGAAGUCUGAUUCUGUGGCCAAUCUUCAGCCUCAACCAUCUCUGAAUUCCAUUCAGAGCUCACCAGGACCCAAACGCUCUACCAACACUCUGAAGAAGUGGCUAACAAGUCCAGUGAGGCGAUUAAACAGUGGAAAAGCUGACAGUAAUAUAAAAAAGCAGAAGAAAAGGGAUGGUCGUAAUUUGGGCUCUCCCCGAGCUGGUGAUGAGACCAAUCUCCAGGGGGAUAGCGCUGAUGAGAAGGGGAAGAAAGGAUGGGAUGAGGAACCAGAUGAUGAUUCACACACUCCACUCCCUCCACCAAUGAAGAUUUUUGACAAUGAUCCCACGCAGGAUGACAAGACUCUGGAUGGAAGCUCCUAUAGGGGCUCUCAGUUAAAUUCUGUUACCGAUGGGUAUGUAAAUGAAGGACUCACACUCUCACCACCCCCAAGAAACCAUGAAGAGGAGCAAAAAGCCAAAGCACUUAGAGGAAGGAUGUUUGUCCUGAAUGAGCUGGUGCAGACAGAGAAAGACUAUGUGAAGGAUCUUGGAGUAGUAGUUGAGGGUUUCAUGACUAGAAUUGAGGAAAAAGGAAUCCCGGAAGAUAUGAAAGGAAAGGACAAGAUUGUAUUUGGCAACAUUCAUCAGAUUUAUGACUGGCAUAAAGAUUUUUUCCAUGGAGAACUUCAGAAAUGCCUUCAGGACCCUGACUUGCUAUCCCAGCUUUUCAUAAAACAUGAGAGAAGAUUGCAUAUGUAUGUAAUAUACUGCCAAAACAAGCCCCGCUCAGAGUAUGUGGUAGCUGAAUAUGAUUCAUAUUUUGAGGAAGUGAAACAGGAGAUUAACCAGAGAUUGACUCUCAGUGACUUCCUUAUUAAGCCAAUCCAGAGGAUAACAAAGUAUCAGUUGCUGCUCAAGGACUUCUUGAAAUAUAGUGAGAAGGCAGGACUAGAGUGUUCAGAAUUUGAGAAAGCUGUGGAGUUAAUGUGCCUUGUUCCCAAACGCUGCAAUGACAUGAUGAACCUGGGUCGUCUACAGGGAUUUGAGGGGAAGUUGACAGCUCAGGGAAAACUUCUGCAGCAAGACACGUUCUAUGUGAUAGAGCAGGAGGCUGGUGUCCAGUCUCGAACUAAAGAAAGAAGGGUUUUCCUUUUUGAGCAGAUAGUUAUUUUUAGUGAACUUCUCCGGAAAGGUUCCUCCACACCAGGAUACAUGUUUAAGAGAGGCAUCAAGAUGAAUUACCUUAUCUUGGAAGAAAAUAUUGAUAACGACCCAUGCAAGUUUGCUGUGAUGAGUCGGGAGACUUCAGAGAGGGUUAUCCUGCAGGCAGCCAACUCUGAAAUCAAACAGGCAUGGGUACAGGAUAUCAGUCUGGUUUUGGAGACACAGCGAGACUUCCUAAAUGCUUUGCAAUCACCCAUAGAAUAUCAACGAAAAGAAAGCAAUGCAGCCAUGAACAAGCCUCAGAUAUCCCGUGCCUCAACACCCAGUAGCCGCCCUCUCUCUACACCAGUAGGGAGCGAGAAAUGCACAAACAACCCAAGCCGUAACCAGUCUCUACCACCACUGAAAAUACCUACCUCUAAUGGCAGCCCAGGGUAUGACAUGUAUCAGCCAGCAGAACAGUAUGAGUCCAGCCAGAGUGAGCCAGGUGGGUGUAAUGGGACCUCAUCCAUGGUGGUUGUUCAAGAUUACUAUGCACUGAAGGAGAACGAAAUCUGUGUUUACCAAGGCGAGGUCGUACAGAUCCUGGCCAUCAAUCAACAGAACAUGUUCCUGGUAUAUCGGCCGUCCAACAACCACUCACCUGCAGCUGAAGGCUGGAUUCCAGGCUCAGUCUUGGCCCCCAGUAUUAAACCUUCUGCUGAACAUAGCGACAGAAGCAUCAAGAAGUCUUGUUCUUGGCACACGCUCCGCAUGAGAAAACGGGAUGGGAAGGAGUCAGACAGCCCGUGUAAAUCAAAGGAGGUUCUGGGCAACAUGGUGAAAGAUACUCACAGCUCAGAAGAGUCAGAAUGUGAUGACUUUGAUGCCAGUGCUAGUAUGGAGAUCAUGAACCCAAAUUUCAUCCAAGAAGUGGCUCCUGAGUUCCUUGUGCCUUUGGUGGAUGUGGUGUGUGUGCUUGGGGACACAGUGACUUUACAAUGUAAAUUUUGUGGCCGCCCAAAGCCAAUCAUCACCUGGAAGGGACCAGAUCAAAAUAUUAUUGACAGUGACAGCAACACCUACACUAUGUCAACUAGUGAAUCUGGAGAUGUUAAGUUAAAGAUCUGCAAUGUGAUGCCCCAGGACAGUGGGAUUUACACCUGUGUGGCAACUAAUGAGCUUGGCAUGUCCUCAACAUCUGCUACAAUCAAAGUUCAAGGGGUUCCAGGAGCACCCAGUCAGCCCCUUGCGCAGGAGAGAAGCAGCUCAUCAAUGAUCCUCCGCUGGCUGCCACCAUCUAGUACUGGCAACUGCACCAUCACCGCAUACACUGUGGAAUUCAAGGAGGAAGGCUCUAAGGUUUGGCAGCAAUCAGUUGCCUGCACUCUAGACACUUAUCUUGUGCUAGAAGACCUGUGCCCUGGAUGCCAGUACCAGUUCAGGGUCAGUGCCAGCAAUCCAUGGGGCAUCAGCCUUCCCAGUGAACCUUCAGAACCUGUGAGGCUCCCAGACAACGAUACAAGUUCUAAUGGCUCUACUAUUUCCUGGAAAGAAAAUUUUGACCAAAUAUACACUGAACUGCAGGAGAUUGGAAGGGGAAGGUUUUCAAUUGUUAAGAAAUGUGUACAAAAAUCCACUAAAAAGGACGUGGCUGCAAAAUUUAUCAGCAAAAAAUUAAAGAGGAGAGAGCAGGCAUCACAUGAGGCGACUGUUCUGCAGCACUUGCAGCAUCCUCAGUACAUCACUAUCCAUGACACAUACGAAUCUCCCACCUCCUACAUCCUCAUCUUGGACCUAAUGGAAGAUGGUCGAUUACUGGAUUAUCUAAUGAACCACGAUGAGUUAAUGGAAGAAAAAGUGGCUUUUUAUAUGCGAGACAUCAUGGAGGCAUUGCAGUAUCUGCACAGCUGUCGGGUGGCCCAUUUGGAUAUCAAGCCAGAGAACCUCCUCAUAGAUUUGCGUAUCCCAGUUCCUCGCGUGAAGAUUAUAGACCUGGAAGAUGCAAUGCAUUUAACUGGAAACUAUUACAUCCACCAGCUACUUGGUAGUCCAGAAUUUGCAGCUCCAGAAGUCAUUCAGGGGACCCCAGUAUCUCUAGGAACAGACAUUUGGAGUCUGGGGGUACUCACGUAUGUCAUGCUCAGUGGAGUCUCUCCCUUUUUAGAUGAGAGCAGUGAGGAAACAUGUGUAAAUAUCUGCAGACUUGACUUCUCCUUCCCAAGAGAGUAUUUUUCGAAUGUGAGCCAGGCUGCUCAGGACUUCAUUAAAGUUACACUUCAGGGGGAUUCCAGUUGGCGACCCACUGUGGCUACAUGUCUUCAGCACCCAUGGCUGCAGCAUCACAACAGUAGCUACUCCAAAAUUCCUCUAGACACUUCUCGCUUAGCCAGCUUCAUUGAGAGGCGUCGUCACCAAAAUGAUGCUCGUCCACUGCACAAUGCCAAGAGUAUUAUGAUUAGUAGGAAUGUAACUGGAACAUGAGCAGCAGGCACUACAAACUGAAGAUCCAGGUCACAGAGCAGACUCCAAACUCUUGCAAAACAAAGGAGCAACAGAGACCUAGAUAUUUUUGUAGAAUGUAUAAAUAGUGUUGGAUUAUAAACAGAUGUCCUAUAGAAGCUAAUUACCCAUCAACAGGAGUAACAUGUGCUCAGUGAAAGAGCCUCCGUGAUUGCUAGGAUGGCCGGUCUACUAAAAGAGAGCUACACAGAGAAAGUAGUUUUGCUAUUUCUAUAAAAUUGGUGCUGUUGAUUUUUGCAUCUCAUUUUCAGAUUUAGAUUUAUUCUGUGAGGUUUAACCCUUGUGCUGCUAGUUUGGCUGUCAACACAUUAGUGGUGUCGGGCCAGUAAAGGGUUAAGGGGAUCACAGGUUUUUGUUUCAUUUUUUAAAGUACAUUUAUUUAUUUUCUUUAUAUAUUUUUAUUUAUUUGUGUUACAUUUUGUAUUUUUUACAACAGUCAUCUAGCUGUAUGUUUAUGUGGGAUUGAAUCAACUGUGCCACACUGUGUCAUAUUAACCUGUCCAGUACCAUAUUGCAGCACAAUGUGCUGAGGUCUUUAUCAACAAUAAUUCAAAUCAAAUGUCCAAGAAAAUAAAUGACUUCUGUAUUUUACAUACAAUGGACAUUGCAACAAUCUCCAGCUCAUACACCUGACUGCAACUUUAUCGCCAAAAGACAUUCAGUCAAGAUUUUACAUCCACCUCAAGCAUUUGUUUACAAUGAAUUGUUCACAUUUUAAAAAGCAUAUUAAAAAGUCUUGUCUGAUUGGUUGUAA